ACCACACAACCUUAAAUCCUCCUAUUUUCCCAUGGCUAUACUUUGAGUUGUGCACUACUGGUAGUGCACAUAAGCAUGUCAUAACGUGAACAGAAUUCUUAUCUUGAAAUUGAGCUAUGAAUGAUUGUUAUUCUGUGUCUGUAUGGCUGUGUGAGCUGGUUUUAAUGAGAGUAGCUCAGCUGGCUGCUGGUUCUCUCUAUGCUCCUCUCUGGCUGCUGUGGACCCUCCUCUCAGCUCGCCGCUUUAUUGUUGACUGAAAUUAAAGAUGGCGACCGGCGCUGCCUAAAUCGAGACAUCGGCGAAGCAGGGUGUCAGUCAAUACGACUGACUGGUAAAACCCAGCCAAUAAAGGAAGAAUGACCAUGGCCUUUGAGGAGAUAAAGAAGAAAGGAGUGAUGGAUUUAGGCAUGGAGGGCGAGAUAGGGCUGGUGGCUGGCCGCAGUCAGAGGGAGAAGAGGCGGUCAUAUAAAGAUUUGUUGAGAGAGGAGGAGGAAAUUGCAGCGCAGGUGCGCAAAACAUCCAAGAACCGGCCAAAGGACUCAGAGUUGUUUUCGAUGGGAGGAGAUUCACAUAAGAAGAAGAAGAAACACUCUGAUGACUAUUAUCACAGAGAUCACCACGGUUCAGGUCCUCCUCCCCAUAAGAAGAAACGCAAGUCUUCAGACCGCUCACCCUCACUCUCCUCCUCCUCAUCCUCACAGCCCCCCCACUCCACAGACACUGCUAUGGGCCUCCUGCAGGCCAUUACCUCCCCUCUGGCCACAGGUUCAGACCCUAGCCCACACCUGAACAAAAAACCAUCCUACCCCCCCCAUUCCUCCCACUCCUCCUCUAAAGACCGUAAGCGUGAAGGUGGAUCCAAAAGCAGCCAUUCCUCCUUCUCACAUGCCCGCCCGCCCGGCUCUGUUCCAUCCUCAUCCAAGAAGCACUCUUCGUCCUCGUCUUCCUCUUCCUCAAAGUCGUCCCUGUUCCACGGGGGUGCGGGGAGGGGCGAGCCGCUCACUCUGCGAGAUGCAGAGGGGCUGAAGAUGAAGCUCAUCCUUUCACCAAAGGAGAGGAAUGAGGGAGGAGGACCGAACGAGGGGUUCACCUUCCCUCCGCACUCCUCCCCUGGAACAGUGGGACAUCACUUGUCUUCCAGUGUGAAAAAAGCAGGAAUAAAGAAGGAGAAGGUAAAGGACCGGACGGCGUCAUCCAAACCAUCGAAGAAGAAACAGCACGGCCGAGAGCCUCUUCCUGUGGUAGGGAAGGAAGUGGAAGUUGAGGGACACUAUGGUGGGCCUUUAGGAGGACUGGGAGGUGACAGUUCAUCUUCAGGAGGAGAACUAGAAGCAGGUGAACUAAUCAUUGACGAUUCCUAUACACAUCUCUCCAAAAAGAAGAAAAAGAGCAAGAAGAGCAAAAAGAAAAAGGAGAAAGAGAAAGACCGGGACAAGGAUAAGAGCUCUAAGGAGAAGAAGCACAGCAAGAGUGGAAGUACAGGAAAGAAAGGAUUCACAGGGGACUUGUCCAGAAGUCAUUCCCAUUCUCACAGCUCUUCUAAUCAUGGCACUUCAGGAGGGAUGUACACCAUGGCACCUCCAGUCCAGUCACAUCAUCACCAUCAUCAUCACCACCAUCAGAGCAAUGACCACAUGAUAGAGAAGAAGAAAAAGAAAGAGGAGAAGGAGAGGGACAAGGAUAAGCCAAAGAAGAAGAGUAUGACAGCGUACCAAGUGUUCUGUAAAGAAUACAGACUCAACAUAAAUGCAGAACAGCCUGGACUUGUCUUUGGAGAGCUGAGCAAGAAGCUUGCAGAGAUUUGGAAGCAGCUGCCUGAAAAAGAAAAACAGGCCUGGAAGCAGAAAGCUCAGUAUCUUCAACAUAAACAGAACAAAGCUGAAGCCACCACAGUUAGGCAGAAGAGCUCUCUGCUGGACAACAGAAGCAAAAUGUCCAGUAAGGCUGGGUUAGGAUCAGGUUUGACCUCUCCAGGUCGUUCUUCUCUGGGAAUGGCUCUGUCUCCAGUCCGGGUGCCAGAGGUGGAUCCCAUCGAUGCUGCUGCUCACCUACAGCUGCUAGGAGAGUCUCUCUCGCUAAUUGGACACCGGCUACAGGAAACCGAGGGAAUGGUGGCAGUGUCUGGCAGCCUCUCUGUCCUUCUAGACUCCAUAUUGUGCGCCCUUGGUCCGUUAACCUGCCUCACUGCCCAGGUCCCCCAGCUCAACGGCUGCCCUCGCAGCGUCCUGUCAAACACCCUGGACAACAUAGCUUACAUAAUGCCUGGACUAUGAAUCCUCACACUAGAGACCUGAAGGUUUUACCCGAAACCACAUUUCCAAAAGUCGGACUUACUCGUCAUGCAAGCACCUGUUUGUUUUAAGGCCACUUAACAAGAACAGAACCAGAGGAUUUUUAUCAAUGCUCAGAUCAAGUGUGGGAGAAACAAAAACAAUGGACAUUUGUAGUGGUAGAUGUUUUUUAAAGCAAUUUUUAAAUGUUAAAUAUUUUUAAAUUGUACUUUUAAAAAGGAAUCAGGAGUCCUGUUUUAGAGAACAUGUCUGUGUAGCGUUUUAUCAUUGCUGUUUGUGUUUUUUUGUGUGUGUGUGUGUGUAUGUGCGAGUGUAUGUGUAUGUUUGUGUGAAUGUUUCUGUAAGGGAAUUUGUUAGUGUUCUUAUCUGACUUGCGUUCUUCAUGAUUUCCAGAGCAAUUUAUUUUUAUGCAGAAAUGUACAGUUUCAUGUCUGGGCCCAAGGCUGUUUUUUUUAUUAAUUUACCAUUAAGCUAAUAUAAACAAACCGCAGUUUGACUGCAGUUAGUCAUUUUAUUGUGUCAUUUACAGUUUUGUACAUGUACAAAAAAUGGAAGACUAUGAUUUAAAUGUUGAAGUUUGUUUAUAGUAAAAGCAUGAAUUGAAAGUU